CCCCGCAAGCGGAACUGAAAACAGAGAAAACAUUUUUUUUGUUCUUGUGCGGUUUGCUAAUUUGUUUCAAUCAUUAUUUUGUUCUAAUAAUCCGCGGUCAAUAGUUAUUUCCGUGCCGCUUACUUUAGUGAAUAGUGAAGAUGAUGUUCUUUGUCUAAAAUACUGUUUCUGUACAAACGAAUUGAUACGGUAUACAGCCAGAUGUUUCUCAUUGCCGGAGAUGACCGACACUUGCUCCGGGAGGGCAUCACGCUGAUCGGUUCCGUCGAAAACGACCGUUACUGCUCCAUUCGACUGCAAGACGAGUCCAUAUGCCCUAAACACGCAGCCCUGCGAUGGUCCGCAGCAACAGAGGACCUACACGUAAUGGAUCUGUGUUCCCAUAGCGGUACGCAAUUGGCCAACGAUGCCGAUGCAAUGCCCAGAGAAAUCCGACCCCUCGAAUGGAACAAAGCCACCCUGGAAAGUACAAUUCUCUUAGGAUCGUUCAAAGCCCGGUUGGAAAGCUCUCACCCAAGAUCUAGGAAGCGGUCAAUGUCCUUCUUCGCCGAUGAUGACUCCACCGACAUUGUCGAUUGCAGCUUGGAGGAACCACCUCAAAUCAAAUCCCGAACGGAAGCGAAAAAACUGCAACAGUUGAGUAUCUCCUGCACACCCAGCAACGGCACCAGCGGCAGUCCUGCAAUCCUUGAGAAUGCCAGCUUCUUGAUUCCUGCCACGCAGCAAAUGAACACCACUAGCGCGAAUUCCUCCACCCUGCAACGGGCAAAUGAUAGCCGAACUGGUGGUAACGUCACGACCGAAGACGACGAUGAUGAUAUGUUUUACAUACCGGAAACCCAAGAGCAGCAGCAGCAUUCGAUUACUGAACAGAUCAUCGAUCCCAUUGCAAACACCAUCGGUCAGGGUGAUAAGGACGAUGACUUUCUAAGAUUCGAAACCCAAGAUGACGAGAAUACUGGAGACGGUAUGUUUAACAAUCCGUACGUGGAGCAAUCUCAGAACCUGUUACAUAAUUUGGAUGAAUCGUACAAACGGAAUAGCGCCAAAGCCGACCAGCGAAAGUCGAUUAUUCCCGAUCGAUCCGUUGAUUCGAUUUCAUUCCACGGAAGGAUACCAGCCGAGGACACCGAUGAUGAUCUGAGUAAAAUCGAGUGGAACGAGACUAAGAAUGCAGCAGAUCCGAUCAAGGAUCGUGAUGGGUCGGUAACGCCAGAGCUGGCAUUCGACAAACCAACGGCGGCACUAAACCCAAUGUUAGAUACCUUGCUUACGGAAGUACCUCGCGAAGAUUCGAUCACUCCGGAUUUGGAAUUCGAUCGGAUAACUCCACAGCAAAAAGAUUCAACAGCAGAUGCCACCAGGCUGUCGUUGGCUAAAGUGGCGGACGAAGUGGGAGAGCACCGAGAACAGUCGGUUACGCCUGAUUUGAAUUUUGAACAGCCAAGUGGAGAGAACGAAAACGACGAAGCGGAAAUUUCACUCAACCAGGAAGGGGCAAUCGAUCCGUACGAUUUGGCAACGCAGCCAAUUUCAGGGGAGCCAGAAGCAGUGCCGUCAGUUUCCACAUACGAUCUACCCACGCAGAAAAUGCUAGCCGUUGGCUCGGUUAAUUCAAACCCACAGGGAUUCAAAGUGCCGUCAGUUUCCGCAUACGAUCUACUCACGCAGCAAAUGCCCACCGAAGACAUAAAAGCGGCAAAAUCUCUACGAAAGCUAACCGUCGGUUUGGUCAAUUUAAAAUCGACCAUGAAUAUAUCUUUCAAAAUCAACAAGCAAAUAGAUCUGAAUCCGUUCGAAAUGGCCACACAACCCCUCCCGGUGGACGAACCGGACGAAAUCUACGAUCUACAGACACAAUUGCUUCCACAAUCUCCAAAUGACACGAUACCCUUGGAGCUUCCACCGGCUUCCUCCACCAGUAAGAUCAAACGGAAGUCUUCUUGUUCUAACCAACCGAAAAAACCUCCAGAAAUGGAUCCAUUCACCAUGGCCACGCAACCACUACCGAUCGACAAACCCAAGGACAUGUACGAUCUCCAAACACAACCGCUUCCCCAGGAAGACGAUCAAAAUGAUACGAUCCCGUUGGACAUCGUCGUCCAUUCGCCGCCACGAUCACCAACCGAUGCCUACGACAUGCAGACGCAACCGCUGGCUGCCAAAGAUUCUCUCACCAGUCUAGGGGAUGAAGAUCCGGAAAUGAGCAAACAUUUCCUUCCCAGAGUGAACAGUACCUACCGGCAGUCUAUUCUGGCUAAGCAAAUCAUCAAUCAGGAGGAGAGCGAGGAGAACCGGAACAUGGACGAUGCGAAUAUUUCCCCAUCUUCCAACAAGGAAAAUCGGGUUGAAGUAGGCAAAUGGGAUGCGGCUAAAUUGGAGGCCGUUAAGCUGAAGGCCAACAGUCUCGCGAUGCAGGAGAGCGAGUCUCUGCUUGGAUUCAGCCAACCUACAGACGAGGGUUUGGACGAGGAGCUGGACGAGGAGUACUGCCUAGCGGCCACGAUUCCUGUGGCCGAUAGUAGCAGCAAAGGGAAAGACAGUGAUUCGUCUCAUGCAGUGACGUCUUCUACCAACCGUGGCAAACGGCCAAAUCGGAAGCAGGGCCAGGAUUCCCUAUUCAAAGUGCCAGACAGUAGCGCUGCUUCCAGUACAAAGAGUUCGCUCAACACCGGCAUGGAAACACCCCGUAUUCGGAAGGGCUCCAGCAGUGACCUAUCAGUCGAGACCGAUACGUUCGAUUUCAACACCCCGGAGCAUCCGUUCCUGAGUGUGGCCAAAAGGGACAAAAUUCUGGCCAUUUCCGACAUCAUCACAAGUCGAACGACUCGAACGAACAGUUCGGCUCGACGGAAUAAAUAUAUUUUCGGAGACAGCUCGGAUGAGGAUGAGGACCCAACUGCACCGGUGUUCCUGAAGGAAGAUAGUAAACUUCGCGUGAUGAAGUACGAUAAGGAUGAAGAUGAAGAAAAGCAAAUCAAACCGCCGGCCGUCACCAUACCGGAGCGACGAAAAAACAGAGAUAGAAAUCGUAAAAAUGGUAAUGAAGGGGGAAAAACAGGUGCUGGCAAAUCCAAAACGGAUCGCAAAAGGAAGCACGAGGACGACUCUAUCGAUUACGAACCGCCGACCACCAAGCCUACGAGAAAGCGCAAAGCUGCCGAAGACAAAUCCGAGCCGCCACCAGCACCUGUCGCCAAAGCAGGCAAAUCAAGAAAGACCACCAAAUCGGAACCCGAACCGAAGGCUGGUCCUUCGUCAAAAAUCGAAGAACAAUCCGCAAUCUCGACGCGCAGUCGGCCCAAACGGGGGGAACAAGCGAUCAAUAAAGCCACUCCCGUGGUUGAAGAUGAACCAAGAAAGCAACGGGGCAAAUCUAACAAACCAUCGACGAUCCCCAUCGAGUCCAGUGAGGAUGAACUAUCGAGUGCGACAACUCCAAGAACGAACACGAGCUCCUCCGAAGCGGACUCGUCCGGUGGAGCUCGCAAGCCGUCGCGAGUCAGUAAACCACGGCUCAUGUUCACCAAAAUGAGUCCGGAACCAUACAAGCGGAUAAUUACCAGAGCCGGAGGCCUCAUCGUCGACAUUCCGGAGCUGGCGACGGUUCUAGUGUCCGAUCGCGUCUACCGAACGUGCAAAUUCCUAUGUGCCAUAGCGAAGGGCAUCCCAAUCGUCGGCCAGUCAUACCUGGAUGCAACGGAUGCCAAACAGAACUUUGUCGACCCCUGGGACUACAUUCUGCAGGACCACGAAAUGGAACGGCGAUUCAAAUUCAAUCUCAAAAAGUCCCUCACCUUGGCCAGGGAAUCGAAGUUCUUGCAGGAUUAUUCCGUCAUUGUGACAGCCAGCACCAAGCCGCCACCGGAGGAACUGCAGUUAAUUGUUACCAGUGCCGGCGGUCGAGUUAUCAAGUUCCCCUCGCAGCAACCGAAGCGAGCAGACAAAGUGUUCGUCGUGUCCGAUCAUCGGGAUAAGGAUAUGUGGCCCAAGUUUCGCGAACGUUACUCAACGAUCGAGAUUAUCAGCACCGAAGGAUUUAUGCUGUCGAUUAUGCAGCACUACAAAAAUUUCCGCAGCUAUCGGCUGACGUGAAAGGAGUUUGUUUUUAACCUGUUUUUUUAUAUGACAAACUGAAUUUAACUUGCCCAUGUAAAAUUAAAAAAAAUAAAAUCUACUCAGCACAGGACUUUUCUUUCGUUCUAAACAUCGAAAACUCAUUUUCACAGUUUAUCUUCUAUUCUGUAUUAUAUUUGACCCUCUAGGAUACUACUACUGCUUAGCAACAUUCAAUCAGAAAAUUUCCAUUACAUGUUAUCAUUUGAUCGGUUCGUCUGAGGCAGGAAAUUGGCCCGUACUUCUUUGUUACCUCGCGCGGAGCAACAGCAGAGCAAAUCUGCUCAAAUGAAUGCAUUAUUGUGUGGUAGGUUCUUUGUGAAAUCGGUCGGAAGCUAACCUAUUGAACCUAGCUGUAUAUAGUCUUGAAGUGGCCCGACUACGACUGAUUAUUCGAAAUUACACAUUACACAAGAAUAUUGGCAAUCCAACUCUACUAGCUCUCCCUAUUUCCUAGCAAUGUUCCAACCUUAGUUUGACUCGGUUCCCUCUACUGGCUACCAUCAAAUUGCAAUAUUGUAAGUCUAGAUGUA